GGCAGGAAGUAAAGGUAAAUGAAUGUUAGUAGUGUGAGAGAAAGCGAGAGUUGCGCGGCACAGGCGACCGGUUUCGCUGUAAACGAGCUCCGGGCGUGCGUGGAGAAGGACAACGUUGUUCAUACUCACACACUCGUUCGGCUGCGUUUUGCGUAGCCAGUAGUGCAGACUCGUGCGCUAGCUCGACGUUCAGGCUUUCUCGAGACGCAAAAAAAGAGAAUAGAGAGUAUAGGGAAAGUAGAGAUAGAGAGAGAGAGAGCAUAGUAGAGAGGAACAUACAGACGAGACGGUUUACGGUGAAAUGGCCUCGUGUGCGUAUACAGCGAUAGUACGAAGCACAGAUAGAGAUGUUGCGAGAGGUGAUAGAGAGAUGAGUUUUCCCGCUGGCAACAGCACGCUGCCAGCAAGAUGCAAUAAGGAGAAUGGAGAUGAAAAGUGCCGCAAGUACAAGCAUCAGAUGAUGAAGCGCUAUUUGGACGACUACGACUCCAGCGCCACCGCUCGGAGAAGUGUGGCACCACCGACUCUGCUGGACCUCGACACGCAGACGCCGGUGUCCCACGCGGGCGCCGCCCAGAGCGGCACACUGCUGCAGCAGAUACUUCAGAAGAGAAACGUUCCCUACGUGCGCCCGCGGCUCGACGCCCGACCCGAGUUCCUUGCCGAGUAUGCCGCGGCCGAGCGGCUGCCACCGGCAACGAUGAUGAUGCAGCAGGAUUGCGUGACGUACCCGCCGCCUGGCGGUCAGAUUAGUCCGCCUGGGCAGUACUACGGAAAGCUGUACGCGCCGAAGCCAAAAUUAACAUCACCAGCCAGUCCGGCCGACAGUGGCUUUUCAUCGUCAGAUGUGGACAGCACAAGCGGCGACGAAGCCAAAAUAUGUUCAUUCUCAUCAAAACGCGACGACAGGAACACCAUAGCACGGUCGACGGUGCACGAUGGCAUGUCGGAGUUCUUCCCCAAUUACUACUACCACGCUGCCAACAUGAUGCUGUCCAGACCUCAGUGCUUGCUCGGCACCGUCGGAACCUCCAACGCGGGAACAGCGCCAGAUCAUCGAAACCUUUUCUCUUAUCAACCACACGUGAUGUUGUCGAAUGGAGCGACGCCCAUGACGAAUACGUCAUCGGUGCCAAGUUCUCUACACAGCUCGGCGUUCAUGACGGCAUCAUUGUCAUCGUCACUGCCGUCGGCGUCACCUUAUCCAUCAGCAAUUUCGUCGCCGCCGGGCGUCCAUGGAAACCACAUUAAUCACCAGCACAUCCUACAGAGAGCGGAAAAGAGAGGUGCAUGCAAAUCGAGGUCGGAUAUUGGCGAAGGAGGACGUCGUAGGAAGAAAACAAAAGACGAUAUUAUUACCAGAGAGGCAUACUAGCCAAGGUAGAUGGUCAACGUCUCGUUUACCAGUUUAUGGAUUUGCCGAAGAGCAUUCCCACAACCGACAUGGUGUGACAUCUAGCGGAGAAAUAAGACGGCAAGUUCUCUUCGUCUGGGCACGCAACCGCUCUCACGCACAGCUACGCUUGAAGUCGUUUCUGUCCCUGUUGCGAGUCAAGAGUAUAAGUAGUGUACGGUUCGCACAGUGGCUGUGUGCGUGAGCGAGAGAGAGCUCAGCGUCGCGAGAGAUGAGAAUAAAAUCACAAUUUACCUAUAGUAAUCGUAUUGUAAUGAUAGAAUUACUAAAAUAAAUAUCGUGUAUAAGUUAUUAUGGUCGCACACGCGGAUGUAUAGAGAUGGCAUGAUGGAGGUAAUACAGUCUUACUCACUACACAGACGAUUUAAUAUAAGCAUGAUAUAUAUAUAUAUAUAUAUAUAUAUAUAUAUAUAUAUAAAUUCAGUCUAUUUUUGUAACGAUGGUUGCGUGCAAUGUUCUGUUGUUUAUUGACACACUGAGGUGUACGUGUUUGCUGUUAUAUGAUGUUGUAUCCAUUGAGAGAACCUAAAUCAUGUGUAAAUGUUAGUAUUUGUGUCUAUAUGUAUAAUAUAAAGGUACAAGCGCGCGCGAGUUUGUUUGUGUGUGUGUGUGUGUGUGUGUGUGUGU